AUGCUGAAAAGUGGCCAAAAGAGGCCCAUUUCUUCAGGUAGAGAGGCAAAAAUAUUGAAGAAUGAUGAAUGGCGUCGCUUUGAAAAUGAAGUUAUUCUAGCUGCAAAUGAGAAUGGGACUUUAAAUUUUUCUAUUGAAGGAGGAUCAGAUAACGGAGAAUUUGCACGUGUAUGUGAUUUGAAUCAAAGUAAAAUAAAUUGUAAAUCGGGAAAGCUUUGUGAGGGAGAUAUUAUUUUAGAAGUGCAAGGGCAAAAAGUAGCUGGUUACACCCAAAGAGACGUUGUUGCUUGGUUAAAUCAUUGCUGCAAAAAUGGAAAUCCAGUGGUUUUAAAAACUAUACCUUCAGGUCACAUUACCAAAGAUCUAAGAGAAUUUUUAAAUACAAGAUUUCAAAAGGGAUCUGAUAAUCAUGAUCUUCAAAACAUUAUAAGGGAUAAUUUAUACUUGAGAACUGUGCCUGUAACUACUAGAGAGCCCAGGGAAGGUGAAAUCAAUGGAUUGGACUAUACUUUUUUAACAUUAGAAGAAUUUAUGGUUCUUGAUCAAAGUGGUAAUUUGUUAGAAAGUGGAAUUUUUGAAGGAAACCAUUAUGGAACACCCAAACCUUCUAAAGAACCUCCUACAUCUAUACCUCAAGGCAAUGAAGCCAACACCAAUUUAAAUUGGUUUAUGCCUGGUGCUCAUCCAAGUUCUGAAGGAAAACGCAAACGAAAUAGAUCUAACGUGGAAGCCAUGUCUUCCAAAAAUUUAGAACCUCCUUCUGUAGAAAUUUAUUCUUCAGCCACUUCUGUACAUGAUUCUAGCAUUCCAAGUACUGCUAGUACAAUUAGAACACCUCCUCUUCCGAAUCGUGAUAGCUCGGAAGAAAGUCAUAACGAUUUUUCUUCUGAUCUCGGUCCCCUUCCGUCUAACUGGGAGAAGGCAUUUACAGAAAAAGGAGAAAUAUAUUUUAUCGAUCAUAACACAGGAACUUCUCAUUGGUUGGAUCCUAGAUUGUCAAAGUUUCAAAAAAAAUCAUUAGAAGAAUGUUUGGAUGAUGAAUUGCCAUACGGUUGGGAAAAGAUAGAAGAUCCGCAUUACGAUGAGCAUCCACCCAAACAAAAUAAUUUAGAACCGCCAAAACAUCCACCAGGUUCCAACUUUGAAUUUGAGCAACCUUUCUUUACGAAAAAUCCUAGUAAGUUGCAAGGUGAAAGGCUUACUACCGUUUUAAUUAAAUCAUCCAGAGGGUUAGGAUUUACUAUAGUUGGAGGUGAUGAAAACGUUGAAGAAUUUUUACAAAUUAAAAGUGUUGUGCCAAAUGGUCCGGCAUGGUUGGACGGAAAAUUGAAAACUGGCGAUGUAUUGGUGUAUGUCAAUGAGACUUGCGUUCUUGGUUUCACACAUCACGAUAUGGUUAGUGUUUUUCAGUCUAUUUCUCCCGGUGAAACUGUUAAAUUGGAUGUUUGUCGUGGUUAUCCGCUCCCGUUCGAUCCUAACGAUCCAAAUACGGAGGUUGUGACGACCAUAGCUGUCAGUGCUCACGAUUCAAUUAUCGGUGAAACGGACAAUUAUUUGGAUGAAGAUAUAUGCGGUAAAAUUCCUGAAAAUUUAUUUAAGUCUCUCGUUGAUAGUAAUCACGUUAGAUCCGGUUCCGACGAUAUUUUAAACAAUUCUGUUAAAUCAAUGCCUGAUUUAUGCUCGAGCGAAGCUGAAUUUUUUAAUGAUCCGCCAGCUAUUCCGGAGAAACCAGAGUUUUUAAGCAUUUCAAUUGUUAAAGGACCGAUGGGAUUUGGUUUUACAAUAGCUGACAGUGCUUACGGUCAGAAAGUAAAAAAGAUUUUAGACAAGUUAAGGUGUAAAAAUUUAAUGGAAGGUGAUAUACUUGUUAAAAUUAAUUCUUCUAACGUAAGGAACAUGUGUCACAGUGAAGUGGUUCAAGUGCUCAAAGACUGCGAAAAAAACCAAGAAGCUAUGGUUACAGUGCAAAGGGGUUCAAGCUCGCCCACAAAAUCUCGUACGAGAAAAAACGAUUUCACUCUUCAGGCUCCAGGUAUCGGAUUGUAUCGGAGUAAAACUCCAACGGCUGAUUUAUACAGCACUCAGCAAAAAGAAAUAAUGCCUAAUCGCCCGAAAACUCCUAUUGUGGACACAAGAUACAGAUCUAAAACUCCGAUCUUUAAUUCCAAUUGGGCUGAUAUGAAAUUGAACGCAUACAAAUUACCGCCCAUUUCUCAAGGGAAUGGUAGGAUGUUUACGGGAACAUCAAAUUAUGAAUACUUAGAAACGGUUGUAUCUUUAGUGCGACAGGAAACGGGGUUCGGAUUUCGAAUAGUCGGGGGUACGGAAGAAGGUUCACAGGUUUCAAUUGGCCAUAUAGUUCCUGGAGGUGCUGCUGAUUUAGAUGGAAGAUUGCAUACUGGUGAUGAAAUCAUAAGCGUUGAUGGACAGUCGGUUAUAAAUGUUUCUCAUCAUCAUGUUGUUCAGCUUAUGGGAAAAGCGGCGGUAAAUGGAGCUGUCACUAUUGGAAUUCGCAGACGAAUUCCUAUUCAACAAGAAAUUCAACACAAUGCAGGGACUACCUCUACAUAUCCGUACCACGUGACGGUUACAAGGAGAGAAGAUGAAGGUUUUGGUUUUGUUAUUAUUUCUUCGUUAAAUAGAUGCGGAUCCACCAUCGGAAGAAUAAUUAAAGGGAGUCCUGCCGAACGCUGUGGUCAGCUACAUGUAGGCGAUCACAUUUUAGCUGUUAAUCAUAUGGAUAUCAUUUCUCUACAUCAUGGAGACAUAGUUAAUUUAAUUAAAGAUUCAGGUUAUUCUGUGACGUUGACAAUCGGCCCUCCGCUCGAUGACAAUUCCAGCAAUGCAUCACAGAGGGUAAAUAAACACAAUAUUUCGGAAUCCGGAGUCGAAGAUGAUCCAUAUCUUGUAAACCGUCCAUACGGUUAUUCAACACGAGCGUCGAAAGAUGGAAACGGUUUGGAGGAUCAGUAUCACGCCGUGGAAUUGAACAGAGGUAGCAGAGGUUUCGGGUUUAGUAUCAGGGGAGGAAAAGAAUUUCAGAAUAUGCCUUUAUACGUUUUGCAAAUAGCCGAGAACGGUCCUGCCGCCGUAAAUGAUAAAUUAAAGAUCGGAGAUCAAAUCAUCGAAAUAAAUGGUAUCAACACUAAAAACAUGACUCACGCCGAAGCCAUAGAAAUUAUAAGAAAAGGAGGUCCGUCUGUCAGAUUGUUGGUGCGCAGAGGAGAAAAAGUACCUCCUCCGCCAUAA